GUCCAAUAUAGGCACAUUAAUCUGUGCUCAAUACUUCAACAUUAUCAAAACCUGUAGAUUGUUUCGAAAUACGCAUGAAAGGCAAGCAAAGACAACCGCCACAAAUGUGAUUCAGAAAGUUAGAAUAAAGACAUGGCUCUAUGAAAGUGAAUUCGGCUCCAUUUGUUCACCAAAGCCUUCAUAGCUUGCUAUGUUUCCGAUCUGAGCCUGAAACAAUACGUGCGGGUGCAUUAGCGAGAUGAUCAUUUAGAGGAUAGAUGCAAUGCAAGAAGCUGGAGUACUUGAAGAACACAGGUAGAGAACAAUAUGAUAAUAUCCUCACGCUAUCCGAUUUCUCGAAUACCACUAGAUAGAUGCAGGGAACGCCAAGUGUCCUCUUUCCGUUUCCUGUGGAGGCUUCAGCCUUGUCUGGAGAAAGGGCGGCAACGGCCCUGGCAGCUGGACAGGGUUCUUCAAGUGUUUGAAGGAACUUGCCAUGGCCUAGGUUCACUCCCUGCAACUUCAAUUGGUGCCACGAAACAAGGACGCAGCCUCGAAAAGCAAAGAGCUCUCGGUGACCAAGCUCGAAUACCUACCCCAGAUAAUAGCGCUCCAUGCUUGCUUAUCUGUAUCAAUUGCCCGAUUGGUUUCUUACCGGUUAUCCAGAGUCAUCUUUCGAACGCAUAUCACAUGCUGGUUCACAGCAAAGAAAAAUGUUGUCAGGCGCUUGACAGUGAUAUCGAUAUCUUGAAUACACUCUCGAAGAACUACCAACAUUAUAUACCGAAAGUACACCUGAUGUGCCGGAAGAUAUGAGAGAUGGUUCAGACGGCACAGAAAUAUGUUGACUGUAGAUUUAGCGACGUCUCUUUUAUG